AUGAGAUACAGCAGACCUUUGCAGGACCCCGGGCGCACGAUUGAUGAGUAUAAAUCUGGCAUGGGCGACGACAUUGAGCUGGGAGAGUCUGUACAUGCCUAUGUAUCGAGUACACGCAGCUCCAAUAAUGCCGGUCCGAGUCAGAGUCGUCCUCAACGGCCGUCUCUGUCCUUGAAGAUCCCAACGUUUCCAUCCUCAAGGAGGAAUCUUGAGCAGCCGGGUUCGUGGCAGUCCCGGUUCUCAUUGAGAAGACAUAAGCGACCUGCUCCACGACUCUUGACAAAGGUAGUGAAUCUUCUGAGACUAUGCUUCAUGCUUCUAGGAAUAUUGCACUGCGUCGCCUAUGUCCUGGGCAUCCUCAGCGCUCUCUUUCCGGAUGACUUUGACCUGAUUCCCAUGCCCUCCAGGGAAGUCUUGAUCACACCUGGAAGCACCGGGGCAUGGUCAGAGGAUCUCACCGCAGACGUUCAACCUCUGAUGUGCCAUUCCCACAAUGACUACUGGCGUCGAGAACCCCUCCACCAAGCCCUCCGCGCAGGCUGUACAGGAGUCGAAGCUGACGUCUGGUACUUCGACGACCAGCUCUAUGUGGCGCACACCGUAUCGGGGAUCCGCCAAAAUCGGACCCUAAAGAACCUUUACCUCGAUCCUUUGACUGAGAUUCUCGAUCGGCAAAACCAGCUCCCCAACUUUCUCGGCCCGCUGGGUGAGACAACACGCAACGGUGUCUUCGCCACACGUCCGAUGCAAAGUCUUGUUUUACUGAUCGAUUUCAAAAACGACCCGGAUCGCAUCUGGCGCCGCUUGGAAUCCCACCUAACUUACUUCCGGGACCACAAAUACCUGACUCACUUCAACGGCACUGCGGUCGUUCAAGGCCCUUUGACCAUCGUCGCCUCCGGAAUGGCCCCUUUCCAUCGCAUUGUGCAAAGCUCAACCGCCCGGGAUGUUUUCUACGAUGCUCCACUCGAUGUUCUUGCCUCGUUGACGGGUAUCAGAGGAUCUUCGGCCGCGUCCUUAGCCCACUAUGCCGCCGACGCAGAUGACCCUUCCCUCAUCGACGCGCCUUCCUAUCCACAGAAUGCGGCUGUUUAUUCCCCCGCCAACUCCUACUACGCAUCCGUCUCCUUCGCCCGGUCAAUCGGCUAUCCCUGGCACUCGACCCUGUCACAGGCUCAACUCGAUCUCCUGCGGAGACAGAUUCGCGCCGCUCACAGCCGCGGCCUAAAAGUGCGGUACUGGGGCAUCCCACCCUGGCCCGUCGGCUUGCGCAAUUACAUCUGGCGCGUUCUUGUCCGUGAAGGUGUAGAUUAUUUGAGUGUGGAUGAUGUCGCUGCUGUCACGAGGGAUAAUUGGGGUCCCAGGAAGGGCGGAUGGGGAAGAAAAUGGUGGCAAUGA